UUAAGCUUCACGAGUCGUUUCGUUGGUAGUUCAAUAAUUUUAUUAAGAUAAACUCUCGCUUUUUGCUAAUUUUCCUUUGUAUAUAAAAUAAAUUAACUUAAAAUAAAAUGUGAGUAUUAAUUCUGUUGCGUUUUUGUUUUAAGAUUAAAAGAAGUUUUAAGAAUUGUUAGUGUUUUCCAGAUAUAUUUUGUGUUCGUUGAUAUGGCAUUGGCAGCAAACACCCGAGAAAAAAUUUUUCUUGUAGGCUAUCCGUCUCAUCAAAUUACAGGGUGUAAAUUACCCUCAAAUCGUCAAGUUUUGUCAACACUAUUUUUUAAUUUGCGAAUUGUAAAAUUAAACUUAAAGGAAUCUGCAAGACUUGUCAUUCGAGAGGUACUUAUUUUUUGGGAAAAAGCCAGAAUUCAAACAAAAUAUGAAAAAGAUGCCAUUGUUAAAUUAGAAAAACUUUACAAUGAGUGGAGAAAUCACCAAAGAAAUAAAAACAAAACGCUUGAAAGCACCAAAAAUAAAAUAAAAGAAUUUGCGUUGAAAAUGGACGAUCUCUUUGAUAUAGCACAUCGAGAUGCCUUGACCAUUACUGAAAAAAAACGCAGAAUUGAAGAAUUCAGAUUUGAUAUUGAUACUGAAGAUGACGCGGAAACACAGGGGACGGAGGAGGAAGCUCAAGAAGAAGUAUAUAGCCAGAAUUCUGCGGAUUGGGAUAGAAUGGAUGUUUCUCUAUCUCAGGCAACCUCUGGGCCAUCGGGUAGCAGGAAAAUGAGGUAUAGUCGUGGGUUGAAAGAGCUGUUAACAAUGAAACUUUCUAUGUUAUUAGAUCGAUGUAAGGUAUCUGAUAGAAAUGCUUCUCGCAUAAUUAUUGCUACGAUAGAAGCACUAGGGCAAAAUCCAAUGGACUUUGUAGUUUCAAAAUCAGCCUUACAUUCAAGAAGAAAAAACUUUAGGGAGAAAUACACUGCGGAAAUCCGAAACCGAAUACAAAUAUCAGAAAAUGAGACAUUAGUUGUUCAUUGGGAUGGGAAAUUGUUGCCAGGUGUUCUUAAGAGAGAGCAGAAUGAACGCAUUGCUAUAGCUAUAUCUUAUGGAGAAAAAGAACAACUUCUAGGAGUGCCAGUUAUAGAAAAUAGUACUGGUGAAGAGCAGGCAGCAGCUGUGUAUGAAAUGCUGGAACAAUGGGGAGUUUCAAAUGCUGUAAAAGCAAUGUGUUUUGACACCACUGCUUCAAACACUGGAAGACUUAAAGGAUCUUGCAAAAUUUUGCAGCAAAUGUUGGAUAAAGAGUUGCUGUACCUGGCCUGUCGUCACCAUAUUCUCGAAGUUUUGCUAAGAGGUAUUUUUGAUUGUAAGUUGGGUUCAACCACUGGACCUCAACCAGAUAUUUUUAAAAGGUUCCAAAAUGAAUGGUCAAAAAUAGAUUCAAAAAUAUAUCACACGGGUAUCAGUGAUAAAAAUGUAAAUAAACACCUAACCCCUGAAGUUAUAACCCAGAUAUCAGGUGAAUUAAAAGAAAAACUACAAGAAUGUCAGCCUAGAAAUGACUAUAAGGAAUUUCUUCAGUUGGUUUUGAUUUUUGUUGGAGUUCUAGAUGGAAGCGUAGUUGGAUUCAGAACACCAGGAGCCACUCAUCAUGCUAGGUGGAUGGCCAAAGCUAUUUAUAGCUUAAAAAUAUUCAUGUUUCGAAGCCAGUUUAAAAUGAGUAACGAGGAACGUAACGCUCUCGGUGAUAUCUGCGUUUUCAUCGUAAAAAUUUACUGCAAGGCUUGGUUUAAUGCCCCAAGAGCUUAUCUGGCUCCUAAACAAGAUCUUGAUCUUUUGCGUGAUUUCAUUGAAUACCGCAAGAUAGACAAAGACAUUUCAGAGAAGGCUCUUGCUAAAUUCUCAAACCAUUUAUGGUAUUUGAGUUCAGAGCUGGUAGGUCUGGCGUUCUUUGACCCAACUUUACCAGAUGGCGAAAAAUCAGAAAUGGCCAACAUAAUUUUAAAAAACAGCGAAACAGAAACCAACAGAAUAGUAAAUCCAAAGCUACAUCCACAUGAAAUUGAACAAUUUGUCACAGCAGGGUUAAAAAAUAUUGUGAACAAAGAAACAUUGAACUUUUUCGGCCGAUUGAAAAUAGACACAAGUUUUCUCAAAGAACCUCCAAAUCUUUGGCCCGAAAACCCCCAUUUUAAAGAAGGCUUUAAGAAAGUGAAAACACUUAAAGUCGUAAAUGACAUGGCAGAAAGAGGAGUCAAGUUAAUAACCGAUUUUAAUAAUCUUUUAACUAAAGAUGAGGAACAAAAACAAUAUGUACUUCAGGUAGUCAGUGAGUGCCGAAAAUUAUAUCCUGAUGCUUCCAAAACUACUUUAAGUAAGUCACUUGAUUAAAUUUUUUAGUAUUUACUUCAAUAAUUAUGUAUAAGAAAUUUAACACGAUGUUAAGUAUUUUGUUUUUUAGAAAUCUGUUAAAUGUUUCGAUUUUUUUUUUAAAUAAAACAGUAAAAAAAAAGUUUCAUUUUAAAUCGAGUUUGCACUUCAGCUCUUUUUGAGGUAAGUACUGAAAAUUUAAAUUGAUGACAAUAUUUUUUUUUUUUUUUGUAAAACUAAACAAAUUUUGAAUCUGAAUUAUGUGUAAUAACACUACCUUUCAUUUAAUAUAUAAAAAGUGAAAAUAACCCCAUCUGUUUGGGAGCUAGAGCUAAUUUUCUUCGAAAAACAGUGAAAAAACAGAGAUUUUUGAUACUUUGAGCGAGUGUCGGCACCAUUUAGACUUAUCCAAUCGAGCUUAAAUUUUGGCUAUCUAAAAAUCUGCAAAGGCGGAACAUUUUAUGGGGUUCCCCCGACCAAAUUUCGAAAAUCGAUUUCUUGCGGACACUCU